CACCAGCACGUGUCCCAGCUAUAAGGCCUCAGAGAGGAGGGGCUCCCAGUGCUCCCGGGAACGCUGAGAUGAAGACAGCCCUGCUGUUCCUUGUUGCCCUGGCUGUGGCUUCUGGGCCAGCCCAGGCUCUCCGCUGUCACGUAUGCACAAGCUCCACCAACUGUGAGGAACCUCAGAGCUGCUCAGUCAACUCAAAGUUCUGCAGGAUCGUGACCAAGGUGGAGCCCCUAUCUGGGAACCUGGUGCAGAAGGACUGCACCGAGUCGUGCACGCCCACGCACAGCCUGCAGAGCCAAAUCAGCGUGGGUUUCUCGUCCACCCUGUGCUGCCAGCGCGACCUGUGCAACGAGAGUCUGCAGAGCGCUGCGCCAGCCCGCGCCCUGCUCACCAGCGCCCCCCUCGGCCUGGCGCUGGCCCUGGGCCUCCUCGCCCUCGCCUGGGCCCCCAGCCUGUGACCCUCGGGACCGGGGCCCCACCCCCUCCUCUCCCUGGCCGGGAUGGGGGCUCAGACACCUUGGGCUGGGGGCUCCCCUGGAAGGUCUAGGGCAGGGCGGCGGUGAGGCACGAAGAGCCGCUGGCUUGGAGCCGCCCCUCCCCCAGCACAAGAGGACGCCCCUCCCUGAACAGCGGGGGGGAGGAGGGGGGACAGGAGGCAUUCGGCUCCCUUCGGGCUUCCUAUUCAUUCUGUUUGGCUUCCGUUUAUUUUUCUACCCAAAGCCCUGCACAGGAAUAAAUGGUUGCAAACCA